AUGAACAACUUCAUUGAUAAAGAAAUAAAAGGAUAUAAGUUUAUUAAGCUUAUUGGAAGAGGAGCCUUUGGAAAUGUUUACUAAGGUAAAAAAAUGAGCACUAAACAAAUUGUGGCUAUUAAGGUGAUAGAAAUCGAAAGGUUUGGAGAAAAUGAUGGAAUUUUAGGUGAACUCGUUGAAUCAGAAUAAAAAGCUUUGCAAAAGGUUAAGAGCAAAUAUGUAGUUGGAUUUGUGGAUACCUUUCAGGAUAAUAUAUAUAAUUACUUAGUAAUGGAAUAUUGUGAUUCAGGAGAUUUAGAGCAAUAGAUAAAAAAUCCAAAUACUCAUUUCACAGAGCAAGAUGCCAUUGGGAUACUUAGAUAAAUACUAUAAGGAUUAAGAGAUAUUCAUUCUGUUUUUAUUAUUCAUAGAGAUUUAAAAUUAGCAAAUAUUCUAAUCCAUAAUCAUUCGAUCUAUAAAAUUGCAGAUUUGGGCUUUUGCAAGAUAUUGCAACAUGAAAACGAUUAAUCUCGUUUAUAGCUUGGAUCCCUUUAUACAAUGGCUCCAGAAAUCCUUAAUUCAAAUUCUUAUGGUUUAUCAUCAGAUAUGUUUUCGGUUGGAGUCAUCUUUUAUUAAAUAUUAUUUGGAAGAUUUCCAUUCACUUAAAAAGACUAUAAAUUAACGAGUUAGCCUUUAAUUAAUUUUACAAGGAAUAAAAUUGAUGUAUCUGACGAAUCAAAAGAUCUUCUUGAGAAAAUGCUUUAAUUUGAUCCAAAAAAGAGAAUUACUUUCUAAUAAAUCACUCAACAUAAAGUAUUUGAGAAAUAAAUAUUUAGUUAAAUAAGUAGAAUUUAAAUUGAAAGUGCUAGAGUUAUUAUGGAAGAGCAUGCAUAAUUUUAUUAAAAAGAAGGAGCUAAAAUUGAAAGAGAAAAUUAGAAAGAUAUCGAAAUAACCUAAUAGCGUUUAAUGUCUAUGGGGAAACCACAUUUAGAGUAACAGCAAUUUAAUUAUGAAUAAUCUCAAAAUAUUUCUAACUUUAAAAUUGAAGAGAAAGUGUCAGAAAACAGUAUUGCAGAUAUUGAUAUAAAAGAAAAAACAAGGAAAACAGAUGAAAUGAAUCUAAAAAUUAAUCAUUUUAACAAACAAAUGAAUGAUCUUUAUUUCUUUUCAAAUACUAUUUUGGAAAUCUUUUAAAUUCAAAUGAGAGCUCAUUAUGCUGCUGUACUUUUAUGCUAUUAAGUUAAAAAAAUGAUUUAUUCAAUCAAGGAAUAAUUAGAAGUAUAAAUUUAGGUUAAUAUGAACGACUCUGAUUUAUCACUUGAUUUAACUCAUUUAUAGAAACUUUUAGAAUUAACAGAAUAAUAAUAAAUAAUUAUUGAUCUUUAGUUUGAUGAUAUUGCAGAAUAAUAGAUAAAAUCUGGUGAUACAAGAGUUCAAUAGAUGAUAUAAAAUCAGCUAAAAUAGGAUACUUUUAAUGACAAUCUCUAUUCAGAAAUUAAUGCCUUAAUAAAAAAGCAAAAUAAUUAAAUUACUUACAUUUUAUUUCACAUGAUUUAGUGUUGUUAAUAUUGUUUUGCUCUAAACAAAUAAUUGAAUCCAAUUGAAUUAGAUAAUAGUAUCUUUGAUUUAAAAAAGUCGAGCUAAAUAUAUCCUGAUUAACAAAACAUUAAAGCCUAAUUUGAAAUGUUACAGAACAGCCAAUAGUAGUACUGA